UUGUCUUAAUGUAUACUUUUUUAUCAUAUAUUUUUUAUAAUUUUUUAUAAUUCAUAUUUAAAUAUAUUAAGGUUUAAAAGUUAUUUUGAAAACUGUGCAAGAAAAAUAAAUGAGAAAAAUAGAAAAGAACGGAGAGAGAGUAUGUUCUAAGAUCAUGAUCUUAGUGGUGGUACCACAAUUAAAGCUAGUGGUAUUUAGGUGGGAGCUGAAACUUGAAAGAAUGGAUUGAAAUUUCAAAUAAAUGGGUCAUAUCAUCGGAUCUGAUAUCUAAAUAAUCAUCAGAAAUUUUAUUGUUGAAUUUUUUUUGGACUGACUGGACUUUUGAGUUGUAAAAACAUAAUACUCCAUAAAUCAUCUGAAAUAAUUAUAAUGGCUAGAGAUGACCUUAUUAUUAACUAAUGACUAAUUAAAAAGCUCUUAAUUUUUCGCCUUCCAAUACAUGUAGGGCAGGCUACUUAGUAGAUACCCCUAAUCAUUUAAGGGGUUUUUAUGAUAAUGUGAUGUGAUUAACCUAAUAUGAAAAGCUGAAAUGUCUCCUUGUGCAGAGUGCUUUUACCUACAGAAUUUAUGUGCACAACAGCAAAGGCUCCUAUUUGUGUUUCAAGAUAUGCAUGUUUUUCUCUUCUAAUUUUCGUUUGAGAGUCUACUCCUAAUUUCCUAUGAGUUUUCCCAGCCCAUACGCCUUAAAAAGCUCUUAGUUCUCGAGUAUAUGGGGAUAUUGUUUUGCAUUCAGAGGGGUAUUCAUGUGCACAUAAAUUGAGCUAAAUUGAGUUUGCACUUAGGAAUUUUAAUUUCUUAGGAAGUUGAGUUUUACUUGUUAACACAAUACCAAAAAUGAUAGGAGUUUAAAAUUUUCAAGAAGUGUAACUACCUACACUCUACUAGAAUUUACCUACCAUACACUUCCCUUAAUUAUUUGGAGUUCUUAUGGUAUUGAAAACUUCUUCAUGUCAUCCAAUUUUUUAUUUAAACCCACGUGAAUUUAACAAAAGAUGUAACUUUCUCGGAAUUAGAACUUUCCAUGAAAUUUACUUCUUUCGUGAAACAAACAAUCUCUAUUUAGAGUAAACAGACAUAAAUGAAUUUCAAGGACACUCAUGAAAUUCUUUCUAUUUUGAAUAUGUUUGAAAGAAUUGUGAUAUUAUUUAUAGUUUUUUGGUCGAUUACAGUUUACUAAAAUUCUUAUGUUAUCGUAGUUCUUUUGAAAGGAAAGGAAAUAAAGAGUAACCGCCACAUAAAAUUUAAUACUAGUGAACUAUUGAUGCACUAAUUUCUUUCGGAAAACCAAAUUUAUGUUGUUCUAAGCUAAGUUGUUGUAUAUUAAUUGUUAAAUAAAUUGUGAAACUAGAAGAGCAUAUUCACAUUAAACUAUACUUUCACUUUAUUCUUUUUGCUAACUUUUUGCAAGUUUAUACUUAACUAAUAACUCCUAUAGUCUUUUAGGACGAUUUUUCACAUUAAUUUUAUCUGUAGUCAAUUGUUCGGAUUAAGUUACUCCUUUGAUUGACACUCAAUGUGUUAAGCACUAAUGCAUUCCAUCAAUAGCUAUUUCACCAACCGUCGUACAUACACGCUCAAUUCUCAAAGAUUGUCAUUUAAUUAGGCCCACAACCAUUGGCACAAAAUUAUGGCGUAUGCAUCUGUUAGAAAAAUACAUGAAUGGUUUAGAUUUUUAGUCAUUUAAUGCUGUCCUGCAGACCUGAAACCUUUGUACAAUCUUCAGCUACUUAUUGACUAUUAAAAUUUUAUUUAAAAACCUUAAAAUUCUCCUAUUGGCUUCAUACAAACGUUUCUUUAUACGCACUAGUUUCUAAAACAAAUUCUUUUGACAAUUUUUGUGUAGGUUUCUCUUAAAUUUUUUCAAACUUUAUCUUAAAGUGUGAGUUAUUUAAUAAUAUUGGGGUAAUAGAAUAUUGUUAUUUCUCUUUGAUUUAGCUAUUGGGUACCAGUCAAUUUAUUAAAUUAACCAUCUCUUAAUAACCUCAUAACAUGGGGAUUAAGGUUUAACAUUAUUAUUGUUGUAGAGCUAUUUCUUAAUAAGUUGUCCAUGUUAGUCUACAUAAGAAGUAUAAGCAUUAAGCAUAGGAACUUAAGGUUCUCUUGAGAAUUGAAAGCGAUGCUUCUAGCUAGGCACACAUCUCUCCAUUCAGCUCGUGUCUGAUGCUAGAGCGCACUAUACAGUUGGUGGUUGUCUAUAUGCGUAGGGUAUGCAUUUUAAAGGGAUGUAAAAUGAAUACCUCAUUUGAAUACGUGCUUAUGAUUUGAAUAGUCGUGUACGGCUUAACUCAUUGAGUUUCAUCCCUUUUAUGCCUUUAAUUACAUGCGCAAACAUGAUGUUUUUGGGGGCAGUAAGUUAUGGACCUAAAUCCUUUGGCUUCUGGGUUAACUUUUUUAGGGUUUUGGGCAGGGUUUGCUUGCCACUUUAAAACACUUGUCUUUUCUUGUUUGUUAGGACACUUCUUUUCAUACAAAGGAAAACCCACCUCACAUGCCCCCACAAACUUGCAAAAGAAUAUAUAAAAUGGGGUAAGAAAAAGAAAAAGAAUGAUGGCCCACAUGAGAGUAAAAGUUUGAUACAGUUAUGAAAGCAUGCCUGGUUGCCUACCCCUCCUUAUAAUAAAGCUGGCAUAAAGGAUUAGAUACUCUCCAUGGAAUUGAACCUAAUUAUAUAAUCAUUUUGUGAUGUAGAAUGGAAAGCUGACUGGUUUUCUUAAAGUUUGCGUAUAAUAUAAGAUUAUAAGUAUAACACUUAUGCCUAAAAAGUUUAUAAUAGACGAAAUAUUUGGUUAAUCUUGAGGUUUAUCACUUAGAAGCAUCAAUUAUAUCUACUCGGUUGUUCACGAGUAAUUGUGUUGGAUCCUUGACACGCGGUUGUUGGCGUGGAUGUGUUACCUCUGUGCUCUGUUUCCUUUGUUUAUUUUAGGUAUAAUUCAGUUCCAUUCAACUCAACUUAGUUUAGUUCUACUUAGUCGAGAACUAGUCAUUUGACAAUUUUUCCAUGCAAGCAAUAUGAGUUAUCAACUCUUUAGUCUCUUUAGUCAUUUGGCAAUUUAGUUACGAGAUUUAUUAUGUGACAAGGGAUGUAGGGGUUGUAAAAUGUUGAUUCUCAUAGUCCAUGUAUCAAUGUACUUAAACGAGUAAGUUUGUGUAAUUGAACCAAAAUGCUUUGAAGAGGAAGAAAAAAGUGACAUAAGAUUGGUGUCAAUUUUAAUCCAAACAUGAUUUGAAGUCAAUUUCUUGAAGAAAAAUCAAGCUUUGAAUAUGGUCACUUUUGCCUUUUUCUUUCCACUUGGAAGGUGCAUUGUUCCAAUUCUAAUCUUAAACUGACGUCAAUGUGAAGCUUUGUAUAUGUUCUCUGAAAGGGAAUGAUGAUAUUGAUAGCAAUACAUAAGACUCUGAGAAUGGAGUCAUCGGAAGGUUUCUUUUCUCAUUAUUUUGUGGAAGAUUUAGUUAGACAUUAAAAAAGAGAAAGAAAUUGUUUUAAGCGGAUGUUUCAAUACGUUGGGUUCAUAUUUCAGAGUAGUGGGGACAUGUAAUAAGAUGUGAAGCAUACAAUUAAGUGAGGGGAAAAUGGAAAGCGACUACUAGAUUAUUAUGUGAUUGAGGUGUGCCCUUAAAGUUAAAGGUUAAGUUUUAUUAUCGAACAACCAUUAGAUCAAUGGUACUACAUGGAUUAUGUUGGUCUUUUAGAAAGAAUCAUAGUAGAAAGAUAUAAGUAGUAGAAAUGUUAAUGCUCCAAUGUAUGAGCAGACAUACCUUGAGGGAUAGAACUUGAAACGAAGAUAUAAGAAAAGUUUUAAGAGUCAAAUAUUGAUGAAAAGAUGAAAGAGAAUCAUUUAAGAUGGAAAAAACAGGGAUUAGUCAAUCGGUUCGGAAAAUUGAAAGUUGGAGCUCAAAAGACUUAGCAUGGGGGCAAGGAAGAUCAAAGAUAACUUGGAGGAUGGGACUGGAAAAAGUUAUGAAAGGUCUAAAUUUACAAAUUGAGAUGGUAGAAAUUCGAAAUAAAUGGAGAAGAGGAACCCAUGAGAGCAGCCAUUUGAAAAUAGUAUAUAUGUUUAUGUAGUUGAUUCCAAUCUUUUUGGAUUAAGACUCAGACAUUAUUGUUUGGUGUUUCUUUAGUGGUUAAAAUCUUUCCCUUUAUCUUUGUGAUAGGAUUUGAUUUUCAAUUCCUAAAAAAAAUCAAUUUUCUCUUUUCCUCUUGUGUGUAGUAAAUUAUCCUUAUCCUGUAACAAAAAUUUUAAGUUCACAUAUUUCAUAUAUGCACAUCUCGUACUCUAUUAAUUAUAGAAAACUAUGUUGCAGUAGAGUCUAUAUCUCUUUUGUAGGAGUAUUAUAAUGCUUCUCUGCCUCUCUCCUAAAGCCACAUUCUGUGAUGGAUAAGAUGAGGAUCAAGGAGCCACAACCCUGUAUAGUGCGUUCUUGGGCUAGUAGUAGAACCAGGAAUCAAAUUAUCCCCUUUUUAUUUCCACGUGGCUUAAUGCACAGCAUAUGAUAAAGAUGUUUUUUUUUUUUCUGCUUUAAGAUUGUGACAAAACACCUAAAAAUCAUAAGUGGAUUACAGGCGCAUUGUAUUCUACACUGGAUUUUGUUCACAAUUCAAGGCAGGUGGCAGCACUGAAGUUAUUUCAAUAAUUCAAGGAAAAAAAAAAAAAAAACCUUAUUUACCUAACCCAAAAAAAAGGGUAUUGUUGUUAUGAGCAUGUAUGCUUUCCCCACCUAAAUUGAACUGACCCACACUGACAGGGAUAAUGAAAGUCCAUUCCAUUACCUCAAUGUCAUUAAGUGACUUUCACUUUAGCAGAGUUUGGAGUGAAAUGUAUGCAAUGUUACAGUUGCUAGUGUUAACAGAGAAUGGAAGUGACGGGAAAAUUUGAACUGAAAUUAAGUUGAGGAAAACAAGCUUAACAGGUUAAGCAUGUGGGCAAAAAAAAUUCUUAAUGCUUGUUUGAAAACGAUGAUUUCAUUUGGAUACCUAGAAUUGGCUCAAAAUUUAGUGUUUGACAAAUAAAAAAAAUAAAAUUUGGAUUUGAACUAAUUUCACCGUUAUUUUGAAAGUAGUUAAAGUUGAAGAUUUGAAAAUGACUUUUCAAAUCUUUUGAUUCUUAAAUUCUUCAUUUAUGAUUUCAUAAUUGAAAUCUACAAUUUAAAAUGAAAUGCUUAUUCCCUAACACAAGCUAAUAUAAUUGUGCGAUCAGUUUUGUUGUAUUGUCCUAGUUUUAUGAUGGAGAUAGUUCAUUGGAUUUUGGAUUUGAAUCCAUGUGAUAUAACCUAUAAUGGGUUUUUUAAAAUGAUAUUUCAUUUGUACCUCUUAUAGAAAAAAAGCUGAGGUUGAUUGCCAUAACUUUACAAAAAGUUCCACUAAAAGGAAAGCAAGCCUUCAGGCUUCAAAAAGCAUGAACUAGCUGUUCAGGGAACUCUAGUGAAGAGGACAAAACUAGACAAUUCAUAAUAUUCAUCACUCAGACCUUUUCCCAUUUUUUUUAUGUUGAAAAUUAGAGAGGAUUCUCUUGGGGUUGUGAUUUUGAAGGUCAAAAGUGUUUGCAAAGCAACAUUCUUUUGUAUUCUAGUUUGAUCUAAAUCAUUCAUCCUAUAUCUGCUAGGUGUAUUAAUUAUUUCGAAGUAAACAGUGGCUUUUUGUUGCAAGUUGCAACUUUGCAAGGUCUCUAAUUUAGUAGUUUGUUCGGUAGACGUAAUCACUGUUGACUUGUCGUAGAUGCAGAUAGUUUGCACAUUAGUGGUUAGCUAUCAAAACAAUUAGUACUAGAAAUUACAGCUUCUCAACAUAAGAGUAACUUUUUUUUUUUGUGUUAGACUGGUAGUGUUUGGCUAUUCGCUAGUAAUCUAUGUAGGAUUAAUUUUGGAACCUUGGCUUAGAACUCACUAUUUGCUUGCCUUUGCGCGCACCUUCUCUUGCACAAAUGAUAUGUUGGAGACUUUGAGUUGAUUGACUUUACGAUGAGUUGACCUUGAGACACAAGUAAGGAACAAAGAAAAGGACUGAGAAAUGAGAAAAGACUGUUAACUUUGUGCAAUAUGCUCUUCAAUCAUGUCAAUUGAACCUAUUUUUGAAAGUUCACAACAAAUCUUGUUUACUCCACAGCUAAGAUGCUACUUAAAGUGAAUCCAAAAUCUUCAAUGAUAAUAUUCUUGCUUGGAGGGCAAAAUUUGUAAUCUUAAUUUUUACCAUAAGUUUGUAUUAGCUGGAAGCAAUCUUGACAAAGGGGAUCCAAAGUUGAUUUUGACAUAUAACAUUGAAAGAACAAACAGUUCAUCGCUUUUUUUUUUCAGGUUUCUCUUUUUGACCUGUUACCCCCAUGAUUUUAGUUCUGAUGAACAAAAUUUACUUCCCCUCAAAACCAGCACCAAGAUCAAACCCUUCUCUAUCACUUCUAAAAAAGGAGAAUGUCAUCCUCAAAUGCGAGGGAAAAUUCAAGAACAAGAGCUGGAGACUAUCCCAGUUGCAGCAGUGGGAUAGUCAGAAGGAUAAUAAGUCUACCAAGAAGCAUUUUGGGAGGGUUUUCAAGGGCAAUGGGCCAUGGUAUUGAUCUAAUUGGAAGAGGGGAAAGAAGAAACCAUUUAUAUCCUCCGGCAACGCAUCAGCUGCUUCUACCACCACCCCAUUUUCCACUAUUCCCACCAGUUUACGAGCAAGAGACUGCGUCGAUAGACGAUGAAUGGGCUUUUUUGAACAAUUUUGAGCAGCAUUAUGGCACAAUACAUGCGUUCUUUUAUGCUUGUAGGUUCAUUCAGGCUUUGAAGAUUGCCCAAGAUGAGAAAAAAUUUGUGUUCUUAUAUUUACAUUCUCCUGACCAUCCCUUUACAGCAGAUUUCUGUCGUCAGACUUUGUGCUCAGAAAUUGUAGUUCAGUUCCUGGAUGCUAAUUUUGUUAGUUGGGGUGCCAUUUCUGAUAGAGGGGAAGGUUUGCAGAUGAGUGGGAUUUUAAGGCCUCCUAGUUUUCCCUUUUGUGCUGUUAUUGCUCCUGCUUCUGGUGAUAAUAUUGCUGUGCUGCAACAGAUUGAAGGGCCAGUUUCCCCUGCAGAAUUAGUGGAAAUAUUACAGAGGACAUUAGAAGAACAGGGGGUUGCCUUUGGCAGUGCAAGAGCUAAAGAGGAAGACAGACGGAGGGCGGAUCGUCGCUUGAGAGAAGAGCAAGAUGCUGCAUAUCUUGCUGCCCUCAAAUUAGACCAGGAGAGGGAAAGACUGAGGAAUCUGCCUCUACAACAAACAACUCAGAAACCAGAAACACAUAAACAAGCAUCAGACAGAGGAUUUAUUCAGUGGCCAAGGCAAAAUCUUAUACUGAACAAGGCUAGUCAAGUCAAAGAAUCAGCUGCAAUAAAUAGUGAAAACCUGCACAAAGAUAGUGUCAACAAGGCUAAUAAUAAUGCAAUGACUCAGAUAUUAAUAAGGUUUCCGAAUGGCGAGCGAAGGGAGCACAGUUUCUCAGCAACAGACAAGGUACAAGCAAUCUAUAACUACAUAGAUGCACUUGGUUUACCAGGAAUUCAGAAUUACAGAUUAAUCUCAAGCUUCCCCAGAAACGUUUUUGGUGUUGAUCAAAUGGACAUGACUUUAAUUGAUGCUGGUCUUCAUCCUAGAGCUAGUUUGUUUUUAGCCCUUCUCUAACUUCAUAUACUGAAAAUUAUUUCAUAUGUAUUCUUAAAUUUGAUAUAUUAAUCUCUCAUAUCGAUUUACAUAAUGUUGUUUUUCAAGGAGACGCGGAGGAUAUUCUAGUAAAAAAAAUGUACGAGUCUUUUUCUUACAUGUGUAUUUAUCUUAUUAAAACUUUGUAACAUAGUACUUUCUUAGUUGUAUAAUAUAACUCUUGUUAAUUAUGUAGCGCUUACAAUUAUGCUA